UACGCCUUAAAAAUUGCAACACUAAUCGAUUGAAUUUCGAUGUUACUCCUUCGUCGUCUUUAUUACAGUGCAAAGUGGAAAUUCAUGGUUGUAGACAUGGACAGACGGUUAUUAAUCGUGCUGAUAAUUAAAUGUGUCGUAUUAACAACUCUGGCAAGUGAAAGAAGUCUCAAUCGGUCAGACUUCAAUUGUAGCGGUCGUGCUUACCAUAAUGUGACAAUGACUGCCUAUUAUCCUGAUUUCAGCAGUGACGACGAGUUCGAUCAUUUGGAUGUUAAAAUGAAAAAACUGAGAACUUUACAGGAUUUCCUCGACGGCCGCGUGGAAUUUGUUACUGUAUCAAUGGAUUUAGAUUCAGGUAUUCCUUACGGGACAAAAGUGUGCAUACCAGAGUUAAAUGAAAAAUUCGGUCGCCAAAUUCCGUUUCAGGCUAGAGACAGAACACGCUACGAUGACGUUCAAGGGAAACCAGACUUUUCACACGUGGACAUUUGCGUAAGAACUGAAGAGGACACGUACGAUAAUUCUGUGAAUGGUAUCGUGACACUUUACGUAUGAAAAGUAAGAAGCAAUAACGUAAAAUAUAGAAUUAAGAAAGAUGUACAUUUAUUUGAGAACACUUGAUACAAUUAUAUAAUAUGAUACAAGAGUUAAAUUAAUAAUAUGAUAUAAUAUAAAAUAAUACAAUAUAAUAUAAUGUAAUAUUAUCACAAUACAAGUUUAUUUCUUUGAUGACCAAUGUGGCCAACUUUGAAUCAGGUUGUAUAAGCUGUCUCCAGGACAUUUUGUGCUCGUAGUUUGCCGAUGACCGUACAAUGUGUAGUUUCCCUGUAUUUUUCCGAUGGACACUCCGUAAUCUAUUAAUUUCUGGACUGUAGUUAUCGCUGCCGCAUUCGGCUGGGAAACUGUAAUAAUUUACAGGUUUAUAAUUUAAAAUAACUUGUACAGCAUAUUAUCUUGUUGAAAUCGCAUUGACAUUCUUAUAAUAACCAACAAUAGUGUCCAUGCUAAUUUUCUGUUCAUAUAGAUUGAUAAUUAAUGAUAAUAAAGGCGAUCAUAAAAUAAAUUAUAAAUCAAUUACGGUUAAGUCACAUUUUCGAAGAGUUUCAGUUUACAUCUCAAUCGGUCGUAUAUUUGAAUGAAAAAACUGUAUCAGGGAAAUAUCUUUUUUCCAAAAUGCAAGAAUAUCGAUAAACGAAACGCACAACUGCAAUAUUUUAAAAUAGAAAAUGUGUUCGGGCAUUCUGUUUUACGAUUACAGGAGAAGCGUCAUUGAAACAAUGCUGUUUCUAAACUUACGUGUAAAAUUGCCAAUUAUACAGAUUCCCAUGCUUCUAGAAUUAUAAGGCGGUGAAUGGGCGCCAUGUUUACCCCAGCCUCUUCCUUCAUACACGUUUCCAUCCUCUCCAACUAGGAAGUUGUAACCUAUAUCGCGCCAUUCAUUCGCAUCCAUAUGAUAGUUCUGUAAAAUUACGAAAUAAUCAUUAUUAUUAUAAUAUUACAUAUAAUUAAUUAUAUAGUACAUCUACUACAAAUACUAGUGUAUAAACACUAAGUAUAAAUUCUAAUUUAUUUAUGCAUUUGAAAGGCUAGAAUAUCAAUAGAAACAUGCAUUAAAAUGUAGACUUGUAUAUAAAAU